UACUUCCAACAAACUUGAAGAUGCAUAAUCUCCCUGUCGAGCUUCAGCUUCAAGUUGCCAGCUUCUUAGAUGUGGAGACGAUCCUUUCUCUGCACGUCCACAUCCUUGUUUCAAUUCACCCAUGACCGCAGCUUAUGGCUCACUUUAAUAUCUCGGAUGUCCCAUGUCCUUCCGCGGUCGCUUUCUGAGUCAGAAACUGCGACACUGUCGACUUUGCAGUUGGAACGCCUGAUCAAAACUGCAAUGCACGUCGAGCAAGUAUGGCUGUUGCCAAGAAAGGACACUUUUCUUAUCAAGGAACGAUGUGAUUCAGAUGACAUUGAGAACUCGAUUCCUCGUGUCCGAUACCUAGCAUUCGUCUCCGACCACCAUUUGUUGUCCUUGGGCUCUGAGGGGAAAAUCAAUUUGUGGAAAAUCAACAAUGUUUUCGCACCUUUUGCUGCAGAGCUUUUUGUCACCUAUGCUUCUUCGACGUGGUAUCCUUGUGCAUAUCAUUUGAAUACAGCUGGCUCUGUACUUGCUAUUGCAUUGACUCAUGUCGAACUCGUUGCUGCGAGAGUUUUAACCAUCUCUCUCGAUACCAGUGGUUCGUCGGAAUCAGGACCUCCAGUUCUAGUCACUCGGGGAGAAUUUUCAAUCUUUCCACCACAAGUCAUCAGAGCGAUCGAUGCCGACUUGGAGCUCGCCUUACUUUCUAACACUGCUUUAUCCUUCGAAGUUGUGAACUGGAGAACUAAAGCUCAGGCUACAGUAGCCCUUCGCGCUAAUGAUCCUGGAGAUUUAUGGAAUGGUAUUACCGCCAUGCGGAUAUGUGGGCCGUAUAUCCUAGUCUUUAGAAUGCACACCGUCGAGGCAUAUCCUCUCCCCUCGCAUUUAUCUUCUGGAGUUGGAGAGCGCUCUGAUAUUUUACCCCAACUCACAUUCAGAUUCCCACACACCAUGACAUAUCGCCGUGUAUCCCUCACAAAAACGACAUGUAUCAAUGACGAUGAAUCCGAGAUUUAUGGGCUAUCCGCGCUUGCAAACGAUCUAUUCCAUGGGAUAUUUCUUUUCUAUGUGGAGUUAACAGUGCGUCCCUUGCCAUCAUUGUCAGUCUCGCCUUUGGGUGUCCGACCCAUGGCAAUCGCUUCGCCACAAUUUAUCGCGGCGCCGCUGCCUGAAGAUUUACCGCCACCACUGGUGCCUCCGGUCCCGUUUGGAACUGUACAUGACGCGAGGACAUUUGUAUCAGCUUGGGCAUUGGGAGACUACGGAAAACGCGGGAUCUGGGUAGCAAGGUCCCGGACCAGCAUGAUCCGUACCGUCGUGGCAUUUACAAAUCCUCGAGACGUUAGUAAUACAUCAGAAGAAGCCCGAGUCUGGAGUAGUGGUUCACUACAAGCAAACGUCGACUCGGAAAGGCCAGGGUUAAUUAACGGCCAAGUGGUUCAUGAUAUACCGUUACAAGAUGACAUCACAGUGUGCGCUGUCUCAGACACUACGGGAAGAAUGGCGCUUGGAUCUUGGGCAGGGUCAAUAACUAUAUUGUAAAUUUCUUACUCUUAUUCUCCAAUUUACACAUGCGUAGAUGUGACACUAUGAUCUGGCAUUCCCCUCUACCAAGAGUGUCCACAAUAACUGUAACUCAUCGUCCAUAGAAUCUAAA